UCUAAUAAAUAAUAUGUAUAUUCAAGUUACAUGAAAAAUUUUUAUCAUAAAUAAAUAUAUAAAAUGAUAUAAUUUGCAUUAAUGAAACAUCGAAAGAAUAAGAUCAAGAAGGAAAAAUAUUUAAUGUAUGAAACGAAAAAAAAAAACAUUUCUUCUUACAUUAUCUAAACUUAUCAGUAAAAUCAACAAAAUAACAAUAGAAUGAUCAGAUUGUAUCAGUUAUAAUGUUAAGAUCAAUAUUAUGAGCAGAUGGCUGAUAUUGAUGAGAUUGAACAAUUCUAAUCUAUUCAAUUGCGGUGAAGCAAUUCCGACCAAUUGAAUGAUUCUGUUUUGCUCGCACCACGACCGAUCUUUGAGCUCGAUUUAAAAAUAUUUUAAUUAACGCUUCUUUAGUCACAAAUCGAAUGUUCUCUAUCGAGCCGGUAGUCCAUCGUUCAUUGCAGUAUAGUCUUUUAUGAUCUAUAGACAAAAAUUGAUUUGAUUGUAUUUUAAAUGAUAAGGAAAUUAAAAAGUUGUAUAAAAUGAAGAUCUGGAAAUUAAAAACUUUGUACAAGAUGUUUAGCCGGAAGAAAGAGGUGGAUUAUUCUCAGGAUACAAGAUUGGCAAGAUGUCUGUCGACAUUGGAUCUCACGGCUCUCGGAAUAGGUUCGACUCUUGGCGUGGGUGUGUACGUUCUCGCAGGCUCUGUUUCAAAAACGAUCGCGGGUCCUGCCGUAAUAGUUUCGUUUGCUAUUGCCGCGAUUGCAUCUAUGUUUGCAGGUCUGUGUUACGCGGAAUUCGGUGCAAGAGUUCCACGUGCGGGAUCAGCGUACAUAUACAGUUAUGUAACAAUGGGAGAAUUUACAGCUUUUCUGAUCGGUUGGACGUUAAUUCUCGAAUACGUAAUUGGCUCGGCUAGCGUAGUGCGAGGACUGAGCACUUACGUAGACGCUUUGUUUAAUAAUACUAUGAGAAACGCGUUCGAAACAGCGGCACACAUCGACAUCGAUCACCUUUCUUCUUAUCCGGAUUUCUUUGCCUUUGGAGUAACUCUAAUCUUUUCCGCUGCAUUGGCGUUUGGUGCAAAGGAGUCUUCGGUAGCGAAUAAUUUCUUUACGCUUACAAAUCUUUCCGUAGUUCUAUUCGUCAUAAUCGCUGGAUCUCUUAAAGCCAACAUAAACAAUUGGAAAACGAAGCCAACGUGUACGGCAGAAAAUUGCAAAUACGGAAGUGGAGGGUUCAUGCCUUACGGUAUAGCUGGUGUUAUAAGUGGAGCGGCAACCUGUUUUUACGGAUUCAUCGGUUUCGAUUGUGUCGCGACUACCGGGGAGGAGGCGAAAGAUCCCCAAAAAUCGAUUCCAAUAGCAAUCGUUGCAUCAUUGACUGUCGUCUUUCUUGCGUAUUUCGGUGUAUCCACGGUAUUGACUACUGUCCUUCCUUAUUACGAGCAGAAUGAGGAUGCCCCCUUUCCGGUGUUAUUCGAUCGUAUCGGUUGGAAUUGGGCGAAAUGGCUGGUAACGAUAGGUGCCAUUUGCGGUCUUUGUUCAAGUUUGUUAGGCGCGAUGUUUCCCUUACCACGAAUUAUUUAUGCUAUGGCAUCCGACGGAUUGAUAUUCGAAUGGAUGGGAAAGGUCAGUUCACGAUUCCAUACACCUCUGAUGGGUACAUUCUCGGCAGGAAUUCUUACAGGUUUACUGGCUGCCAUUUUUGAAUUGACUCAACUCGUAAAUAUGAUGAGUAUUGGAACACUACUCGCUUAUUCGAUCGUCGCAAUAUGUGUACUGAUACUUCGAUACGAGGAAAGCGAGGCCUACCAAAAAAAGGGGGAUCGUGAUCCAAGAACCUUGAAAUUCAUUGCGAGACAGUUAAUUAACGCUAAUGGAUUAAAUCAUUCUACGAAAUUAACGUCUCAAAUCGUUACUUACCUUGUCGUGUGUUAUGUUAUUCUAUGUAUUUGCAUCGGUAUUACAAUUUCAAUUUUUACCGAUGAAAUAAUGAAUGGUAAAAUUACACUUAUCGUUCCAUUAGCAAUUCUGCUAUUAGUUCUUAUCCUUAUUCUUAUUUUUAUUUAUCUUCAACCGACUUCUGGAAAGAAUCUUGCAUUUUCGGUUCCAUUAGUGCCAUUUUUGCCUGCUUUCAGUAUUAUUAUUAAUAUUUAUCUCAUGAUGAUGUUAGAUAAAAUGACAUGGGUAAGAUUUUUAAUAUGGAUGAUAGUUGGACUCGGAAUAUACUUUUUUUACGGUGUUUGGCAUAGUAAAAUGAGAAAAGAUAAACACACGAAACUACCCGAAAAUGGUUAUAAUGAAGACACAUGGAAAACCAAUGAUUCCUCUAUAUAUAAAUGACACGAUGUAUUUCAUUUUCAUAAUAAAAAUUUUGGAUAAAUCAGA